AAGCCUUGACAUUCCCCACGGCACGCCUACCGACGGACAACAAAUCUUAUCCAGAUAAAUCGUCCUAUUCAGCCACUCGAUCCUAUUUCAACUACGGACAUCGGGGAGGAUAUCUCAUAAUUAAUCAUAUUUAAGCAAUUUCUUCUGGGAGUCCCUGUGGCUGUUAUUCGUCAACCAUGCGGGACUCGACCCCUCCCAGUCCUAACCCAAGCCAUGCUUCGGAGGGAAAUGGCCACUCUGGUGCUGUAGGCAGCAAAUGGAACAUCAAGAAGUUCGUCAAGCAGGCCGAGCGAUCGCAUCGUCGGUUGCCGGGACUGAAGAAGGUUCCUCUGCCUGCCAUCGCCAUUAUUCUGUUCAUUGCCUUCAUUAACGUUGUGGUGUGGAUUGCCGCCGCAAUUGUGUUGCGCUAUUACCCGUCCCUGGUGUCUAAUGCUGUACUUUCUUAUACUCUCGGAUUGAGACAUGCUUUUGAUGCGGACCAUAUCUCGGCCAUCGAUCUGAUGACGAGAAGAUUACUGGCAACGGGCCAAACGCCCGUCACCGUAGGCACCUUCUUCUCUCUUGGCCAUUCUACCAUUGUUAUCAUUACCUCCAUCGUAGUCGCAGCGACUGCUGCCGCUAUCUCAUCAAGAUUCGACAGUUUCAGCACAAUUGGCGGUAUCAUCGGCACUUCAGUCAGUGCCGCUUUCUUGAUUCUACUGGGUCUUAUGAAUGCCUACAUCUUGUUCAAAUUAUACAAACAAAUGCAGAAGGUCUUGGAUCUACCCGAAGGCCAAGAAGAUGAAGUCUGGAAGAUCGAGGGUGGUGGUGUGCUGUUCUCAGUACUUAAGCGCAUGUUCAAGCUUAUUGACAGACCUUGGAAAAUGUAUCCGCUUGGAAUCUUGUUCGGCCUUGGCUUUGACACAUCUUCUGAGAUUGCCCUUCUUGGCAUCUCGUCUGUCGAGGCUGCCAAGGGCACUAACUUUUGGGUUAUCCUGAUCUUCCCCGUCCUAUUCACGGCGGGAAUGUGUCUCCUCGACACCACCGACGGAGCCCUAAUGCUCUCCCUCUACGUCCAACCCUCCGCCAACUUCCUCCCGCCAAAGAGCGACACUUCCUCUGACGCGCCCCUCAUGGGCGAAGACACCGAGGUCGAGCCAUCCAAGAACCACCGCGACCCAGUAGCAUUCCUAUACUACUCUAUCGUCCUAACAUGCCUAACAGUCAUGGUAGCCAUCGUCAUCGGCGUGAUCCAACUGCUCACCCUCGUUCUGAACGUCGCUAACCCCACCGGCAAAUUCUGGGAUGGCGUGCAAGUAGCAGGAGAUUACUACGACGCCAUUGGCGGCGGUAUCUGUGGUGUAUUCAUAAUAGUCGGCGGGCUCAGUGUGGUUGUUUACAAGCCCUGGAGAAGGUGGAUUGCCCGGAGACAUGGAAAGACUAUUGUCACUGAUGUGGAAGGCUACCGGGAUGGACCGACCACUACUAAUGCUCUUGAAACGCCGAUUCUUGAUGAAGAUAGAGAAGGUGCGACUACUGUUAAUUAUGGGGCUACGGGCAAGGGUGAUGCGUCUGUUACGGUGGAGCCGGUGGGAGGGGGCCCUGCGCGGUGAUGUGGGGGUUUGUCGAGGAAAGGAAAGUGGUCUUGUGUUGUCUGCUGCGGUGAUGGUCGGGUAGGGUAGUGAGGUGAUAAUGAGAUAUGAGUAUGCAAUUGUCAUGCAUUUUACGAUUAUACAACGGUGGAUUUAUUAUGCUCUAUAGUAUGAUAGAGAUUAAAAGUUAUUCGUUUUUGAUAGCACUUAAUAUACGAAUUCAUAGGAAAUAUCUA